UUCCUCUCCCUCUCUUUUUCACUCUACGCCACUUCUUCUCUUUCAUAUUGUCGUAUUUUAACUGCGUUUUCUCUGUUUCUUGUUCAGCCUUUCAAGAGGUAUGUUGAGAUCGGGAGGGUUGCCCAAAUCAACUACGGCAAGGAAUAUGGCAGGCUCGUCGUCAUUGUCGAUGUCAUUGACCAGAACAGAGCUCUUGUCGAUGCCCCUGAUAUGGUGAGGUCCCAAGUCAAUUUCAAAAGGCUUUCCCUAACCGACAUUAAGAUUGACAUUAAGAGGGUCCCUAAGAAGAAAGAUCUUGUCAAAGCCAUGGAGGAUGUUGUUUCGUUGCUUUUCUAUCGAUUAUUGUUAUUGUUAAUUUUAUCAUUAGGUUAUAAUUGAAAAUAUUUGUUUAUGUUACUUGUUAAU